CUCCUCGCUCGGUGCUCUCCUACACACACACACAAGCAAAGCCUGCUUCUGUUAUGGCAGGGGCCACGCUGUGGCAUUUCCCAGACAGCCGAGGCAUGCCGCCCUCCCAGCCUGUUGAGGAUACAGACAGGCAGAGCUGAAUGCAGAGUUGCAGAGGACCGUCUGACAGGCCAAAUCUGCGAAGUGAAGGAAAGAGUCGAGCAUGUCCCGAGGUCUUAUUGCACGCCAUAAAAUGGCUGAGAACGGAGCAAAAGGAAAACCGCCGUACUCGGUGGAAACACCUUACGGCUUCCAAAUAGAUCUGGACUUCCUAAAGUACGUGGACGACAUAGAGAAAGGCAACACCAUCAAAAGGGUUCCUAUUCAGCGCCGGAGCAAGGGAACCCGAGCCAGCACUCUGCCCAGGCACCUCAACUCUUCCGCUCCUGGCUACCAACAAAAUCCGUGGAGAUCUACAGGAGCUCUUGACCCCAGAUCCCGACCCUUUGAUAACAACCAUCAUGGGAAUUCUUCCUGGACUUUUGAUCACAGACUGCCUAGCUCUACUGGACUCACAUCUCUGGCGGAAAUGGAGGCCAGGAUCAGAGAGUUUGAUGAACAGCCUCUUGGAGAGCACAUCAGGCCUCAUCUCCUGCGCGCCUCAAGUAUGCCGCUAACCGUGUUACUCAGGCAAGAAUCGGAGUCUACGGAUGAUAGAAGCAGCAUCCGGAGUUCGAGGGAUCGUCUAGGAGGAAGAAAUACCUCCUGUGAGGAUGUCUUCCUCUCAGACAGCCCUCGCCCACAGGGCUGCUCUGGACUGCUGAGGCGCCUAACAGAGGCCCUUGAACGCGUUGGGGAGCUUGAGAUGGAGGUUAGGGUCAUUCCUGAGUUAAGAGCUCAGAUUUGCAUCCUACAGGAGGAAAGGGAAAGGCUCCGUCUGGGCUUGGUUCAAAGUGACCCUCCAUCUGUUAAUGGAACAACAGAACCACAUCCCUCAUCUCUCUACAGCAGAGACGAUGUCAUGAAAUCACAGCAGGAAAGUCGCAGACACUACAACAGCACUGGGAACAAAACGAACCCCACACAUAAUUGGAAAACCAGCACAGACCUGGAUGAGCUGCUGACGGUGACCUCCCUGCAGGCUAAAGUAGCGGCGCUGGAGCAGAAGCUUCACGACACCGAGCAGGACCUCCAGAGGAUGGUGGCACUGCUGAAGGAGCAGCAGCAGGAGAGCAGGAGGAAAGAUGAGAAGAUAGAACACAUCAUCAGGAAUCCAGGGUUGUGGGUCCGGGCAGAGAGGGUGUUGGUGGACCAGGAGGGAGACGGGACCAUCCUGAGAUCCUUCAAACCCGAUUAUAACCCCACCUGCUCCUUCAUCCCCACAAGAACUCAAAAGCGCCACGACUUGGCGAUGUCUGCUGGGAGUGGGUUAGAUAAUGGGGGCAAAGACACAUCCGAGAUUGUUCAUCAUAUUAAGAAAAUCAAGAGUCUCCUGGAUCAGCAGUGGGAGUGUUUGUGUGGAGAGUCGGGAGAAAAGGCUAAACCUCUGAAACACCCAGACCCAAAGGUCAACUCCCUGCAGCAGGAGAUGAUGGAGCUCGUUGACGUCCUCAUGUUUGGAUACAAGCAGCAUGAAGGAAGCAAUGGAGACAAGAUCCACAAUGGAGCCUCUAAAUCCACCCUGGAGUUUGAUGGAAGCACACAGAAGUUAAAAAAGCUGCACGCUGUGGAUGCAGAUGGAGGAAUCCAAAUGUCCACGGUGAGAAGCAUGUUCAGCCAGGACUUUAGUGAUUUGGAACACCGGGACACCAGUGUUACCCCUCAGGGGAUGGAGGCAAAAACAGUCCAAGCAGAGAUGCUGACAUUCCCAAAAGGACAUGUUACUCUGGUGGGAGCAAUAUCAGGACAAACAGAUGGAAACACAGCUUCGCUGGAAGCUGACGGCCUCGAGAAAAAGCCCAAACCAAAAACUGUGGGAGAGCAGAUGGACGGGAUCUCUGGCUCAGAUACAGAAGGAAGGGACACACCGAGUCCAGACUUCAUGUCCGCUUGUCUGUUUGUGAAGGAUCACAUGGACAUCACAGACAACCCUAAUGAGGACAUGAGGAAAGCUCUGGUCACAAUGUUCCAGCACUGGUUUGGCACUGCGGCGGAGGAGGCCUCAGAGGCCUGCAGGGUAGCUGCAUACCUGAAGGAAGUAAAGAAGGAAGCACCGUCUCUGCUGGCUUUCCUCGUCAAUCUGGAAGAUGACAACGGCAACACGGUGCUGCAUUACAGCGUGUCCCACUGCAACUACAGCAUUGUGAGUCUGCUGCUGGAAACAGGUGUGAGCGACGCAAACAUUCAGAACAAAGCUGGAUACACAGCAGUGAUGCUGGCCUCGCUGACCGCUCCCGAUGGACCCGCUGGGAUGGAGGUCGUCCGAAAGUUAAUGGAGUUGGGGAAUGUUAAUAUUCGCUCCAGUCAGACGGGCCAGACAGCGCUGCACUUGGCAGUAAGACACGGUCGAAUUGUUAUGGUCCGCCUCCUGCUGAGCUGUGGAGCCGACGCAAACAUCCAGGACGACCAGGGGAUGACGCCCCUCAUGUUCGCCUCAGAACGAGGCCACACACACAUCGCAAGACUGUUGCUGGAAAGAAGCCAAUGCGACCUGAGCCUGACUGACAGGCGGGGCCGAACUGCGCUCUCUAUUGCAACGCAAGGUUCCCACGCCGACACGGCGGCCCUCCUGCAGGCCCAUGCCAAGGCUCGAGCUAACUGAACAAGAAAAACUCAACAUCCAUCAGUGAUUCUCACAUGCUCUGUUUCAGGGACUUGAAGAGAGACUAAAAUGUUUCUUUCAUGAUAGUGUUUGUAUUUCCUGAACCGCUGAUGAGACUGUAUGUAAUCAGUCAUUUAUCGCUUGGCUGUUGAUUAACUAUACAGCAUCUUCUGUGUUUUCCUCCCAGAUCUUUGCACGUCCUUGUAGCAGCUUAGCUCUGCAAACUAUGCAAAGGAAAAUAAAGUAUUUAUUUUAAAAGACUUUAUUGUACAUGAAUAUAAGUAACCAAAAAUGAUCAACAUGUUAUAUGUGUCUUUUAAAGGGAGUUUGGCAGAAAUUCAGCAGCCUCAAAAUUAACUUCAGCAAAAUGUUUACCCCAAGUUGCAUGCAAACCACUGAUAACAUAAACAUCAUGUCCUUCCUGUUGCUAUAAGCUGCAUAUUGUAUGUCAGUCAAUAAAUAUGAUGAAACUAUUCAUAGAGCAAUGUGA